AUGAUCCGCCUCGAGCACUUCCUCGACAACGUGCUUCGACAAUCCCUCGCGAAGGUGCUGCAGAAGCGGGACGUGGUGUACGAAAUGGCGUCGCAGUGCUGCCAGCUGCGCGAUCUCUUCGAGGAGAUGCGGGCACUCUCCGCAACGCACUCCUUCAUCAAGGACGGUGGGUCACCGUCAUCACCGCCUGCUGCUCCCGUGGCAGCGCCCCCGGGGGAGGUGCCGCAGCGUAAUCAAAUCAUGGUCGACAUUGGAAAUCACUUCUUUGUGCAGUGCACCAUCGCCGACGCGUCGCGUGUGUUGGUGAAUCUUGGCUGCGGCGUUGUGCUCCCCAUGUCCACUGCCGAGGCCUGUGAGUUUCUGCAUAAGAAGGAGCGACUCCUGCGGGAGCGGGCGGCGCGGCUGAGCAAGGAGGCGCUGCGCAUUACGUACCGCAUCCGCCUCGUCAUGGAGGCCAUCACGCGGCUGUACGACCGCGCGAGUGGGCAGCGCGUGUGA